UUGUGUAAAUUCAUGUUUGCAUUAAAUGGCAACACCGUACAGUAUACACAAAAUAUUUCGUGGUAAUCUAAAUUUUUUUUAUUGAAAUGACGUUUAGUUCGUGUCAUUUUUUAUGUUAUAUUUUGGGUGUAUCGUUCACACUGAGCGCAGAGGAUUAUAAAUGAAUAUUAAAGGCAUUAUUAAAUAAUUUUUUAUAUAUAUAAAUUAUGUGUUUAUGUAAAUAUUAAAUAAAAAAGUGCAAUGAUAAAUGAACGGUUAUAAGGACGCCCGGUAUUGAAUAUAAAAGAGGAGUAAGAAAAACAAAUUACACAAACGAAAAUAAGACAAAACAUAAGCAACAAUUCGUCACAGUCAUUUUUUGAGAAGUAUUCGUCAUAGUGGUAAAAGCAGAAGUUUUACAUUCUUCGAAAGAGCAAACUAAAGUGUAGCAAAUAUAGCAAUAGACGCAGUAGAAGUAGCAGUACCAAUGAACACGCUUUCCGCGGCAGCAGCGAGGCCGUCACCUUCAGAUGAAAAUGUCGGUGGGGGUGGUGAUAAUGAUGCAAGUUCUAGACGACAAGCAACGCGUGUCUUUAAAAAAUCCUCUUCAAAUGGCAAAAUCACAGUGUACCUGGGCAAACGAGAUUUCGUUGAUCACAUAACACAUGUAGAUCCCAUCGAUGGUGUUGUAUUUAUAGAUCCCGAAUAUGUUAAAGAUCGCAAAGUAUUUGGACAAGUGCUUGCCGCUUUUCGUUAUGGUCGGGAAGAUUUAGAUGUGUUAGGUCUCACAUUUCGAAAAGAUUUAUACCUAGCGCACGAACAAAUUUAUCCAGCACCAACACCAGAACGUCCGUUAACGCGCCUACAAGAAAGGCUCAUUAAAAAAUUGGGCCCCAAUGCAUAUCCUUUUUAUUUCGAAGUUCCUCCUUACUGUCCGGCUUCAGUGUCGUUACAGCCAGCGCCAGGUGAUACAGGCAAAUCAUGUGGAGUCGAUUAUGAGCUCAAGGCAUUUGUGGGUGAACACAUCGAAGACAAACCUCAUAAGCGAAAUUCAGUUCGCCUAACUAUACGCAAAGUUAUGUAUGCACCGUCUAAAGCCGGUGAGCAGCCUUCCAUCGAAGUUAGUAAAGAGUUCAUGAUGAAACCGAAUAAAAUUCAUCUUGAGGCCAGUUUAGACAAAGAACUUUACCAUCAUGGUGAAAAAAUUUCAGUUAAUGUCCAUAUAGCAAAUAAUUCAAAUCGUACGGUUAAAAAGAUCAAAGUCUGCGUACGUCAAUUUGCUGAUAUAUGCCUGUUUUCAACGGCGCAAUAUAAAUCGGUUGUUGCUGAAACCGAAUCCGAAGACGGUGUACAAGUACAACCAGGUUUUACACUAUCCAAAGUUUUUGAGUUAUGUCCAUUAUUGGCUAACAAUAAAGAUAAAUGGGGCCUUGCGCUUGACGGCCAGUUAAAGCACGAGGACACAAAUCUGGCGUCAAGUACGCUUAUAACGAAUCCAACACAACGCGAAAGUCUUGGCAUUAUUGUCCACUAUAAAGUUAAGGUUAAACUUUUAAUAAGUGGGCCAUUAUUAGGUGGUGAUCUUGUAGCCGAACUACCAUUUACAUUAAUGCAUCCGAAACCAGAAGAAGACGAUAAUCCAUUACUAUUAGCAGACAAAUCGCCGCGGCAAAGUAUAAGGGACGCACAACUUAUUGCAGUUGGUGAGGCUGGCGCAUGUGGCGAUGCAAAUCAAGUCGAUGUACCCACUACAAAUUUAAUACAAUUGGACGAGGAUGAUGCACAAGAUGAUGAUAUUAUUUUUGAAGAUUUUGCGCGUUUGCGAUUGAAGGGCGCUGAAACAGAAGCCUAGGGUGUAUAGUAUUGCAUACAUGCUUAAAUAAACAAAAAAUUUUCUCGAUAAAAUUGUUAAUACAAAUUUUAUGAGAUAUAUAUUUAUAUAAUUUUUUAAUGGCUUUAGUAUCUCUGUAUUUUCAAAUUCAUAACUUCAUAUGUAAAAUUGGUGUUCAUUGAAAUUGUGUGGGUAUUCUAGACUAUAUAUACCAAAAAAAAAAUCAAGUAAUAAGUAUAUGUAAAAGUUAUAACAACAUUUUUAUGUAAACGCUAUGUUUAGUGUCUAAUGAAUAAUUAUUUAAAUUGCAUAUUAAAUAAAUUUAUUGUUAGCAUUGAUAUAAAAUGGAUGUUUAACAUCAAGAUUCGAUGCUAAAUAGCGAUUACAGGUUGAAACCAUAAAUGUAAUUGCGACUCAAAGAUUAAGCGAUUAAGCGCACAUAUAAAAAAUAUGCAAGAAAACCAAAUUAAUUGAAUGUUUAUGUAUCUAAACAUAUAUAAAAAAAAUAUUUCGAUAAAAACUUUUAAAAAAUUAAAAAAAUAAUUAGUUGAACUAAUAACUGCAAUAUUAAAGACGAAUAAAACUGCAUUUAAAGCAU